AUGCUCGAUACUGGAGCCACUCAUUCAUUUAUCACUCAACGUGCAUUGAGCACGUUAUACCAUUCAGCAGUACCAUCAUCUGAUCGUAUAGCUCAAUUAGGUGAUGGUCACACCGUGCUUAAAAUACUGGGUGAAGUUCAAUUAUUAUUGCAAUUUGAUAGAGCUUUUACACCUUUAAACGUACUCGUCGUAAAAACAAUGAAUACAGAUUUUAUACUUGGCAGUGAUUGGUGUACUAAAAAUGCAGCAAGAAUUGAUUAUCAUACAAAUCAAGUGUCUAUAUGUUCAAAAAACGGCCGUAUCUUUAUUCCAUGCGACAGAUGCAUUGAUUAUUUAACUUUUGAUGUCAGAUCAAUUAAUCUACUUCAUAUACCUCCACGUGAAUCAUACACUGUUCAAGCCAAAGUCGAAUUAUCAUCAGCUGAUACCGUCUACUUCUCGCCUGUCGAUGUUAUACAAUCCGAAAAAUCUAUUGUCAUGUCCCCAUCGUUGUUACACAUAAAUAAUUAUACCACAUAUUUAGAAGUAUAUAAUCCACAUGAUUAUACCUACACUUUACCAACAAAUACUCUUCUAGGUCGAGUAACACACACACCGUAUCAAGCGCACUCAUGCUUAUUAUUUGAUCCAUCUAGUACAUCGUCAUCGUUAUCGUCUCAACAUCAUAUUCUUAAUACAAUUGAACUCGAACAAACACCUUCUGAA